CCAUCUCUAGCCAAUAAUAUCCAGGCAAUAUGCCCUCGUGUCAUUUCCAUAUGCUAAUAAAGCUAUUGGGAUAAAAAGGCAAAACAAGGAAAGGAAAAAGCUUCGGAAGGGCCUCUAUAUUUUUCUCCCACACACAACACUGGCACCAUGGCAGUUGCAGCAGCAACUGGUUUACCCUCUACUUUCUGCUGCUUCACUGCCCAGACACCAUCAAAUUCACAGCAACCAUACGUCAACUUAUCAGCAAAGCCUACUAAAAGUAUCCUCCACAAGCAUCCACUCUAUACACCACUCCAAUCUAACAUCUCAUUCCAAAUCCAAGAAAAGAUAUUAUGCCUUGAAAUCAUGGGAGUUGAUUCUGGCAAAGCAUUAUCCCAAAACCCUUCUCUCCAUUCAGCCUCUCUUGAUUCCAUUCACUCCAUUAUCUCUUUUCUCCAGUCCAAAGGCAUCCGUGAAAGGGACCUGGGUAGGAUCUUUGGCAUGUGUCCUCAAAUCCUCACCUCUAACAUUAAGACGGACCUCCACCCAGUCUUUGACUUCCUAUAUCACGAUCUUAAAGUCCCAGAAAAUAACUUUAGAAGGGUCAUUAACAAGUGCCCAAGAUUGCUUAUUUGUGGUGUCAGAGAUCAACUUAAACCAUGUUUAUUUUAUCUUCAAAGACUUGGGUUUAGAGAUUUGGGAGCUUUGGCUUAUCAAGACUCAAUCUUGUUGGUUUCUGAUGUGGAGAAAACAUUGAUUCCUAAGUUGAAGUACUUGGAGGCUAUAGGGUUUUCAAAAGAUGAGGUUAUUGGUAUGGUUUUGAGAUGCCCAACAUUGUUCACUUUCAGUGUUGAGAAUAAUUUUAAGCCAAAGUUUGAGUAUUUUGUUGAAGAGAUGAAAGGGAAGUUGGAAGAGUUGAAGGAGUUUCCUCAGUAUUUUGCUUUUAGUCUGGAAAACAGGAUUAAGCCUAGGCACUUGGAGCUUAUUCAAAGUGGAGCUGAAUUACCUUUGCCGGUUAUGCUCAAGAGCACUGAUGAAGAGUUUAAGGAGUUAGUAAAACAAGGAGCUGGAUAAGGGUAAUGGGUAUUUUUCCUUCUCUCUCACUGUCCUUCUUUGACAUUUUCGACCAUUUGUAAAUUUGCGAUGUCUAUUUUGUAUGUACAUAUGUUUUCACUGGAAAUUGUUUUGCUAUGUGAAUAAGAAUUUAAGGCAAAUAAGAUUUCUUUUUCUUUUUA